GACUGUAUAGUAAAUUGUAAUUAUAUUGCAUUUUUAAGUUGCUUGUUCUAAUAAUAAUACAUGUACUGAAUUUGUUGAUCGGUAGUGUAAUAUGCUGUUAAAUGGGGAGGAAAAGAAGAAAACAUUGUGAUGAAUUGAACUUUGCUUUUGAAUGAUGUUAUAAAUACGUAUUAGAUACGUAUUCGACGCAAAAAAAUGACAAAUGAAGAAAGUAUGGUGUAACUGUGCUUCAAUAACGUUGUUAUGACAUAAAAAUAACAUUAAUGCAGUUGCUUUUUAACUCACAAUACUAGCAUCACGUUCAGUAUGCUGUAGAAUCUUGAAGGUGACUGUCGCGUGAAAAAUACCAACCGAUUUUUUUUUUCAUAAAAAAUGGCUUUCUCUGUAGUUCAAACGAGAAAAAAUAAAAAAAAGUAAGCCUUGUCUUACAAUUGUGCCAUCCAAAUGGGUAGAAAAUGGGGUCGUGUUUUGGCCGCAAAAGAAUUUUAUAUCGCUUUCGAUGGAUGAAAACAGUACUCCGGAUGAAAGCUGGACUCAACAGCCGUGUAAAACCGUUGGAAGAUCCAAAACAUACAGUGAAGCUGAAGAUAUAGUCAACAGACUAGAAAUGGUCACGGAUUCCGAGGAUGCCCAGGAUAUGACGCAGGGAACCCGUGGAAAACCUGCCAGAAAGAAAACGAAAUUUGAGGCCAAAUCUUACAAUUUGGCACCGCCGCUGAUCAAGAGAGUUAUGGUGAAAUCUACUCCACCAACCAUUGAAAGCACAUUUCAAGAGACUGUGUCUGCGACGAUAAGCAACCCGCAAGUAUCACCAACAUCCCCUACCAAUCUUGUUGAAAUCCCUGGAAAAUCUUACCGGGAAAAGCUAAGUGCUCCUGAUCCAACAUUCACUCCUCAACCGUUUGCAUUGGAAGACACGAAUCCUCCACGAAAUCUCCUGGAAUCCGUCUAUCGCCUCGAAACACAUCCAACUCAGCCACAGCAGCAAGCAUUGCUGCCAAAAUCCAUCCCAUCACCACAGGAGCUCGUCUUUCCGAAGCCUUCUAUCGCUGGUCCAGGCCAUCCAUCGGGAAUUGGAAAUUCCGAGAACAGUAACAUGUCUUCACAAAGUCACAUUCUGUCCGGAAGUGACGGAAAACAAUACUUUUCAUUGGGGAACGGCUGCUACAUGGAAGUUAUUCUUCCAGAAACGAAUGCAGAUGAAACUUUGAUUGGUAAUGAACCGAGAUAUAGCUCACUGGACCCUACUAAUCUCAAACCUGAGAAAUGUGAUGAUGAUUCCUACGACGACGGCAUGGAAAAUAGUGAUAUCGUCAGCCAGUUGAAAACUCUGACUUCAAGGGUUGAAGCAGUCGAAGCACGGUUGGAUCAGUUGCUGGUAUUCAUGGCCAAUAUUGAGAAAUUUAUCACAACCAGGUCUGCAGCGUCAGCUUCCAAAGAACAGAAGCGCGAGCCGGAAGACUUCGGCGAGUUUAAAAAAUUGUGCCCCAUUUUAAGUGAAGAUCAACUUCAAAUGGUUGAGCACAAUUUGAAAAACAAGCCAUUCGCGGACAAGUUCUUCCGGUUCUUCGAGUCGGAAUACAACCUUAACGGCAAACGUGACGGAAGAGCGUUCAUGAAAACCAUACUUCGCAGGAUUGUGGCACCGACAAUUUUGCUUCCAUUCUCCUGGAAAGGAAACUCCAGAAGAACCACAGACGCUGUGCCCUUUGUUGUAAUCUUGUAA